AUGGAGAAACGGUCAGCAGAGAGUCCGAUGGACUUUGAGUGGCAGACAAGAGCACCCGGGGACGUCACAUCGCCCUUCUACCAGCUCAGCAUGCAACAUGACAACCAGAAAAAGCGCCCUCACAGGAUCUUCGACUCGCCUCAAAAGAAAGAAAUCCCGGCUCUGCGAGCGCCGAAUUCGCAACCUUUCCUCUUCUCCCAGAACCCGUCUCUCUCAUCUUCAAAGAACCCCAAGUCCCUUUUCGGACAGACAGCAUUCACGACACCGCGCAAAUUGGACUUGGACUUCUCCUCCGGUGCCGAGAACAUGUCGUCUCCCGAGAACGCGGACAACGAGGAUACACCCGAGCAGCCCGUGAAAGCAGGACAUCGAAACUCCCUAUUUGGCAUGUACGGCAAGUUUGCGCCUAGUCCUGGACGCGGCGAGAUUCCCAGAUUGAACCAUUAUUCCAACGCUCUGGCGAGACGGGUACAGAAGCGACGCCGGCGGGACAAGGUGCUUGGGUUACAAAUACGAAAGGACGACAGUGAUGAUGACAGCGAUCGACCGAGCAGCAGUGAAGGGAAAGUGGCUGGCAGGAAGAACUCAAAUCAAAAAGAGGGACAGGAAGGAAAGCCGCCGUCGCGAUUAUCGUCGUUUUCGGAAUUUUUCGCCUUGCUCGAAGCGCAUCCCAACGUCCCCAGCAUUCUGUCAUGGUGGGCUCAGCUGGUGGUGAAUUUGUCGUUGUUCUCGCUCGCGGUCUACGUGGUGUUCGGGUUUGUCUCGGCCAUCCGAGCCGAAUUUGAGCAGGCUGCGGAGGAAGUGUCUGAUACAAUCCUGGCUGAGAUGGCUGUUUGCGCGAAGAGCUACGUGGACAACAAGUGCGCUGGUGGAGAGCGACUACCGGCCUUGGAGACGGUAUGCGAAAACUGGGAACGCUGCAUGAACCGGGACCCGGCCAAAGUUGGACGGGCCAAGGUGUCGGCUCAUACGAUGGCUAUCAUCAUCAACAGUUUUAUUGAUCCCAUCAGCUGGAAGGCAAUUAUGUUCUUCCUGGCUACUAUUUCGACUGUCACUGUUGUCAGCAACUGGUCGUUUCGCUCCUUCAGAAACCGCUUCAACCAGCAUGAGUAUGCAACUCCGCCACCGACUUUCUCUCGACAGCCGUCCGGCCAACACCACCCGCCAAUGCCGUCGUCGCAGUAUCCUUUCCAACAUAAUCCAGGGCUUGCCUACGGUGACCACGCCCAGGGACAUAUUCCAAACCUUGACAACAAGUCAGAGCUGCCCUUGAUGCUUGAGCAUCCGCAGAUGGAUUUCGUGACAGAACGGACCCGUGAUCGCGAGAAUCACAUGCGCACCCCGAGUCCUGUCAAACGGAGUCGACAUUUUUCAUGA